AUGAAUUUUAAGAAAGAGACUUUAGAAUUACUUGGAUAUGAAAACAUAUAGUGCUCAAUUCCAAAAACUUUACUUGAUAAUUUCACUGCUUUUUUUACUGUCUAAUAACAAAAUCCUCUAACAAAUGAAUCUCCUGAAAGUAUUUUUUUUUAUAAAACUGACCUUAGAUUAUGAGAAUGGUUUAAUAUUUAUGUCUGCUAUAAGUUAAAGUAACACACCUUAGAUCUCAGCCCAAUAAUUAAGGUCAGUACAAUCUAAAAGUUCCAAGGGAAAGAUCAGAACUUUUUUUCCUUAAAGUAAUAAUCAUGUAAUAGUUUAAAUAGAGUGGCCAGUUCAAAAAGCAAAUAUGAGUCCAUUUUCUUUUUCAAAUUACUCUCAUUUUCAAUCUUUGACAAGUCGAUAUUGGUAUUACUUGGACAAUAGUAAUAAUGUUUAAGGUAAGGUCUAGCCUUAUCUAAAAUUUUUAGGUCCAUUUUCUUGUGUUGAAAUGGAUAACUGGUAUCGAAAAAAUCUCCUCAAUCCUGAUCUGUUGAUUAGCUAUAAGUCUCAUGAUCUAACUUCGUUUGUGAAAAUCAAAGAUAUAUUAAAGGAUUCUGAAAAUCCUAAAUGUGAUAAAAUGUUACGUUAACUAUAUAAAAGGGCUUCAAGUGCUAAAAGAAUAAGUAUAUAUUGUAUCUACAAUUAGAAAAUAAAAAUUCAAGCACUUCACCUAUUAGUAAGGCAUCAACUGAAAUAUCAUCUAGCAACAAUAACAGCUGCUAAAAAUCUAGAUAACCCAUUUGGGGAAUCGAUACCGAUUAUUUUUUAGGUUUCUGA